GCAAGCCAGUCUGAAAUUGUCUCUUUUCCAGCAGGAUUAUACAAAACCAAACAGAAGAAAUCCACCAGUGUAUCUGCAGAAAAGAAGAACAGAUUGUAUGUCUUCCAAUGCCUACAGAGGAGUGACUGAACUUUGCCCUAUAUCCAGACUUGGAAAAACAAGUGGGGUAUAAAUGGGGGGAGCAGUAGGAGGGAUUGUUUUUCUUGAGAAGAAGACAGGACGAGACUGAAGUGCAGACUUCCAGAGAAGCCGAUCGCGCCCAGAGCCAUGUGGACGGGGCUCAGCCUGGUCCUCGCGGUCGCCCUGCUGCCUGUCGGCGGGGCGGAGAGCGAGGGCGGAGGCGGCCGCUGUAAGACCCCGCCAGAAUGGGCCGUCGGAAACGAGCAGCCCAUGACGGACUCGGCGGGGAGGGUGACAGUGGUGGCCCUUCUUCAGGCUAGCUGACUUUUCUGUUUGGUGCAGGCAUCCAGAUUGGAUGUUCUGCGCCUCAGACUUGAGCAGCAGGGUCUGGUGAACAUCUCCUACGUGGUUGUUAACCACCAGGGAGAACAGUCUCACCGCCUGUAUCCGGUCCUCAAAAAGAAGAUGUCACAGAAAAUCAGGGUGUAUGACCAGGACCCACUUCAGGAAGAUGUUUGGAAGAUCCUGUCUGGAGAAAAAGAUGACUUUCUCAUUUAUGACAGGUGUGGCAGUCUGACACAUCAUCUUGGGCUGCCAUAUUCCAUGCUGACUAUGUCAUAUGUGGAGGAUGCCAUCAGAGACACGUACUGCAAGGAUAUCUGUGGAAACUGUUCAUUAGAGAGCUCAUCCUUACCUGUAACAUGCAACAGCACUGUGAAGCCUGAAGGGAAGCCAGAAGAUAAACCUGAAGAGUCUCCUGAAAGCCAUGGCCAUCCUCAUGCUCAUGGUCAUGGUCACCAUCACAGUGAAGAGGGCCGUCAGAGCCACAGAAGGCAUUCAAGUCAUGGGCAUCACCAUGGCCAUGGCAGGCAUCAUCAUGGCUCACAGCAGGAGUUCAACAACGGCCAAACACAAAGGCACUCACAGACACAUCAGCAGCAGCAGUUAAUUAAGAACCCAAGCCUUCUAUCCCAACAGGAGGUUGUGGACUUCCCCCUCCGUAUAGAGUGGCCAUGAAAGAAAGGGGCAGCCAAGUGAAAACAUCAGUACAGCUGAGAAUGGAAAGAAGGGUCUUCUGACCUACUUUCCUCCAGCUGAUGUUGACACUGUCGCCAGCUGUUUGGCGGCGAGGGAUGAGACCAGGCAGCUUUCUGACACUGUGAGGAAAAGCCUCCAGCUUCCUGCCAGUGACAGGGCCUGCAGGGCGGGAAUCACGUCAGGGAAACCUGACAGUGACGCUCGUCCUCCAAAGCCUGACGUCUGCCGUCAGCAGCUGGUCAGCCAGAGCAGUCCUGAACUUGACCCCAAGGCAAUGAGAGGUGAAUAUGACAGGAGCAGUAAGCAGUUUCUCUUUCCUACUGCACUGCCCUGGGAAUAACAUCACACUGAUAAAGGGAGUUCUAUAAAGCAAGCCAGUUGUGUACAUUGUUGCUACCAUCAGCAUUCAAUUCAUUAAGAUUACCAACCUGUCUGGCAGAACGUGAGAUCAACAAUAAUUAUAGAACACCUUUAUCUUAACCAUCCUACCUUAGGGGACUACGUUCUCAUUUGAUUAUUACCAACUAGUAUUAAAUUGACUGCUUUUUAUUUGUGGUUAGGGCAUGUUGAUGCAUUUUUCAACUAUAUGCUCUUUUUGCCUAAAUGAUGACAGGUGCAGAAACUAAGCACUAGGGGUACCUGUUUGAAGCCAGGCAAUGAAGAGUGGAGGAACAAUGCAAAUGACAUACUAAUCAAAUCCACUUUGUAAGCACAGAAUCUGCGUAACAACAUUAUAAAACUAUAUAAAAGAAGAGUUGUGCUAUAAAUUGUGUAGUGUAGGUAACCAUCUUAAAUUUUGUGAAGAGAUGAGAACAUCAAAAAGUUAAAAGGGAUCAAAGAACUUAUUUUACACUUUGUGGACAAUGUAAUACUACAGUACCUUCCUAAAUAGAAUAAUGAAAAGAAGGCAAUUAUGUGAACAGUUUAAAAAGCGAUAAUGGUCACUACCUCUAACAUUUUGUAAAUUUUUAAUAGGUUCUUUUAAAACCUUCCAAGUCUAACACCCUACUAGUUUAAGAUAAAAAAGAGCUCUUUAAAAUAUACAAAGUGAUUAUAAAAGCUUUUUUUUUCUUCAAAGUAAAAUUUGAUUUCCAUGUGGCACAAAUUUUGCAUUGAGGCAAAUUUCAUAUUAUCGUUUUUGAUAUAUCGUGGUAGAGCAAAAAACAAUUAACAGCUUAACCCUGGAGUUCAAACAGUGUUAGUGUAGUUGAAGCUAGUCGAAUCGCACAUUUCAGAAAACAGGAGGGAACAAAAACAGGAAUUUAUAGGUGUGUGAUCAGGCUUGCUUAAAAUAUAGCUUAUCUAGUAUGCAAAAACUAUUUUAAAAAAGCCAAAGAUUUUUUUUGUUAAUUUCAAUGUAUUAACAACUUAAACAGUCUGUGAAAUCACAAUUUUGUUUUAUUAAAGUAAUCAAAAGAAUGUUAAGAAAGACAAUGAGUUGAAAGUUAAGAAAUGGAUGUGUUGUUUGAUAGCAUGUUCCUUACUUAAUGACAGUGUCUAGGAAAACAAACCUCCUAGAUACUUGAUAACAUGUAUGGCAAAUGCUAUCAAUCAUGAAAGCUGAAAAGUUAACCAAUAUUGACUGAACAAGUAAUGCUUGUUAUGAAUGUUUCAAAUAAAUCUUAUUUUUAAUACAG